CUUCCUAUUCUUUCCCAUCCCACAUCUAAGAUAAUCAGAUAUAGGUCACAUAAACCAACCUACAAAAUCAGACACAUUGACACACAUUCCUUGUUGGCAAAAAAGAAACUAAUAAAGAUGCCUUUAGAGAUGUUGUCCUUCGAGCUGAGUAAGAUGAAAACGUCAGAAGACCAUCCAAUCGAAGGAGUCAAGUUCAAUGGUCCCAUAACGGACUCAUCUAUGGGUUCCAACACUCAAUUGGAGUUUACAGGAGUUAAGAAACAACCCAUGAAACAAAAGUUUCUGCUCCGAAAACCUCGCGUUCACUGUCUGUAUGGAAGAACUCGUGCUGAUGGAUUAGAUUGGGUUCAUAAAAACGUGAUCCUCGAGAAAGAUGUGGAUGAACCCAACUGGGUGAAAAUUUCGGGCAGGAAUAUGGUUUCUGGUAAUGCGUACGACUUUAAGGGCCUGAUAAGCGAGUGCGAAGAUCUUUCAGCUUCUCGGAAAACCAUUGACUUAAAAAAUGUUGAAGAGGUAUCUCAGGAAAAGCUUAGUCAGAUCCCAACAGUUCCUCUGUCAAAUGCAUAUGACUUUAAAAACAUGAUAGGCGAAUGCGAUAAACUGGAGAAGAUUCUCCAUUAUGAAGGAACACAACCUCCGAUCCAGAACCCCGACGAAGUAAAUGUCGAUGAGUUGUCCUGCUAUCUCGAAAAUAUGGCCAACAUACCCAAGAAGCUGUCGGUCUCGGCCGAAAUGAUGUAUACCUAAUGUAUAAAACGGGGAUUGUGACUUAUUAGAUUUCGAAGAAUAAACAAAG